AUGGAAAGUGUCCAUCAUGGGCUAGUAGUUUCAUGUGGAGCGUGCACAGUGCUGGGAAUGGAAGGGAAUUCAGGAAUGGUGGGCUUAGGAGGCAAUUCGACCUUUGGAAUGGAAGGCAUUGGAGGCGGUUCUACCUUUGGGAAUUCCGGGAUGGAAGGCUUAGGAGGCACUUCAACCUUUGGGAUGCUUGGGAUGGAAGGCUUGGGAGGCAGUUCGACCUUUGGGAUUUCCGGUAAUGGUGGCAGUUCAACCUUUGGCAGAGCCGGCUCCUCUGGCUUCGGUGGCAACUCAGGCUUGGGUAGAGUUGGAAUGUCGGGCAGUGAAGGGAGUUCUGGCUUAGGGAGGGUUGGGAUCGUUGGAUGCGGCGGAGACUUCAACUCUGGAGUAUCCAAUAGAUGGCGAGCUGCUUGGCAGUUGCUAAGGAACAAAAAUGCAAUGAGGAUGGACAAGGAGGACUGGAAAGUGUUUGAAGCCAUGGUUUUAUGA